AUGUCAAACCUCCCGUUUUCCUUCCAUCUUUUCCCUCCGGACCGAAGUCAGUCCCCGGGCUCCCAUGCUAGGGAUCUCGCCAACUCCCGGAACAACUCCAGGAGCUUGCUGUCAUCGGCUCCCAACGGCUCACCGCCAACAAAAUCCUUGGCCAAGAAGAUCCGUCAAGUCCAUCUGGGGGACAUCUGCUACUCAGACAGUGAGGCUGCGUCAGAGACUGAGGCUAAUGAUACCAGCACUGCAGAGCUUGCUGCCAAUGCACCCCGGUAUCGAAGAAAGAGCAGCACUUUCAUCGAUGGCAUCCAUGAUACCGGCGAGGACACUAAGAAUAUGGCUCCGGCCCAGCUGUACAGCACCAUGUCCGGCAGGCUGUUCCACUCUGGUCGGAUAGCGAUAGUAAUGGUCGGACUUCCUGCCAGAGGCAAGACUCACGUCUGCGUAUCCAUGGCUCGAUAUUUGCAAUGGCUGGGUGUCAAGACGCGUAUCUUCCAUCUUGGAGACUAUAGACGAGCUACGGUUGGGAAUGACAAGGAUGUGCCAGAAGAUUAUUUCUUUCCUGAUGCCUCACCGGCCUCUGUCAUGCUACGCCAGAAGAUCCUCAAGAAAUGCAGGGAGGAUAUUUAUUCUUGGCUGAACCACGAGAACGGACAAGUUGCGAUUUAUGAUGCAGUCAACCCGACCGCAAGUGGGCGAAGAUCGUUGGCAAAGGAGUUUGCCAAGCACGAUGUUCAGACGCUGUUCCUGGAGUCCUUUGUGAACGACGAGAAGAUCUUGCGUGAAAACGCCAGAAAUGUCAAGAUCAACUCGCCAGACUUCGACGGUAUGGAUGCUGACGAAGCGGCAAAUCUCUAUCUCCGACGCAUAGAGAUGAAGAUCCCAACCUUCGAAACUAUGAACGAAACUGAGCUCAACUAUAUCAAGAUGAUCAAUGCAGGAGAGAAGUUCUUUUACAACAACGUGUCUUUCAAUUAUCUCUCGCACCGCAUCGUUUUCUACCUAACCAACACCCAUAUCAAAUCUCGGACCACCUUUUUUGCUCGGGCUGGCGCUGCCACAGAGGAGGACUCCUACAAGGCCGACGCCCCCCUCUCCGAAUCAGGCCACGAGUACGCAAAGAUCAUGGCCGAAACGCUUAUCAAGCACCGUGAACAGGAGCGUGCAGCAUUGAUAGCCGAGGGUGGUCCAGAUGUGCCCUUGAAGCCACUGACGGUCUGGACUAGUACUCGACAGCGAACGAUCGACUCUGCUGAGCCCUUCUACGAGCGAGGCUACAAAGUCCGUCAACGCAGCCAGAUGUCCCAGAUCAACCCUGGUGUGUGCGAAAAACUAUCGGAGCGCGCUAUCCGUCGUUUAUACCCUGACGAGGUCGAGAAGCACGACCUUGACCCGUACCAUCACCGAUACCCCCGUGCUGAGUCUUAUCAUGAUUUGGCUGUCCGCCUGGAACCUAUCAUUCUGGAGUUGGAGCGCGAGCAGAACGACCUGUUGAUCAUUGCACAUGAGUCGGUUCUGAGGGUUUUGUAUGCCUAUCUGAUGCACUGCAGCACCAUGGACAUCCCGACCCUCAAGUUUCCAAGGAAUGAGAUCAUCGAGAUCAUCCCAGCUGCCUACCAGAAUGAGGCAAAGAGAGUCCAAAUUCCAGGAUUGGAUCCCAAGAUGGUGCCCGGAAGUCCCGAAGACAUCCGCAUCCCUGUGCCCAGCAUGCCAGGGAGCGGUACCGACAGUCCUGCGCCGUUGCCGGGUGGUGGACUCGGAAGUCCCGCGGAGCCGAACAACGAGAUCGAGCAGCAGAGCAAGUGGGAGAAGAUCGUCAGCACGGCGAAGGAUGCAGUCAAGGACAAGCUUACAGAUGUGGACUAA